AUGGCUUUGAACCCCUACAACCCUAUUAGCACUAUCGACCCGACUACGUAUGACUGGAGCUGUAGAGUGAGGGUGCAAUCAUUCUGGAAAGGACUAAACAGAGAGAGUCAGGAAUUUUGGGGACUGAAUAUGCUCCUUAUUGAUGAUUCGAAUUCCAGAAUACAUGCUUUUGCAAAUUCAAAAUAUUGUGAUGACCUCCUAAAAGAAAUAAAGGAAGGACAAAUUUACACAAUAUCUAAUUUCAAAGUAAAAGAUUAUCUUGGUGAUGAAAAAUUCCGAGCUGUUCGCAAUAAAAGACAUAUUUUUUUCACUCCACACACUCGAUUCAAGGAAUGCAGCGGUUUAGGAUUGCAGAUUGAGAAUUAUGCUUUUGACCUAUUUCAUUUUGAUGAAAUAGAAAAGCUUGCAGACGACAACAGAUUCCUCAUUGAUAUGGUUGGAAAGGUGAAAAAUAUUCAGGAACUCAUCAAGACCAAAAAAAACGAAGAGGAUAAAAUUUUAUUCAAGUUUGAGCUGUCAAAUGGAAGCUCCAACCUGCAUGUCACACUUUUUGAUUCUUUUGGAGAACAACUAGAAAAGGAAUUUGCGCAGCUAGACAUUCAAAAUCUCUACGUUAUUAUAUGCUGUGCAAGAGUUGGACGUUAUGAAGGAGUUCCGCAUCUAUCAAAUUACCCCGCAACUAGAGUGUUUAUCAAUCCGAAACACCAUUCUGUAGAUGACUUGAAAAAAAGGUGCUCUGAAAUGAAACCACAGACUGAUAUAGUUGAUGUGCCAAUGGGACAAGCUGAGGUGGAUUUGCCUAGGAAACUAAUGACGGUGAAGGAGAUAAAAGGAAUUAAAGCAGAGACUGGAGAGGCCAUUGUCCUCUGUGAAGUGACAGUGAAACGUAUAACAGACAAGUCAGCUUGGUAUUUCAGGAAAUGUACAGGCUGUGAUUUAGAACUAGAGCAUGACAAUGGAAAAUUCAGAUGCUCCCGUCCUAAUGGUUGUGAUGACACAGGUUCAAUUGCAAUCAUCUUCCCUGAUCAAGCAAUUACUAGAAUUCUUGACAAAACUGUCAUUGAUCUCCAUGCAGAUUGUGCUGAUGAAACUGAGGAAGAAAAAUUCCCGGAAAUCCUCAAUUCUCUCCUCAAACGGAAAUACACCGUCAACCUUGGUAUCAACGAAGAUAAUAUCAAAAAAGGUUCGACGGUUUAUGAGGCUAUAGAUAUUUUGCAGGACCAGGAGAAAGGUGACAGCUUUGAUCCGAACAAAACACCUGUAGCUGAGAUUCAGGAUGUUUCCAUGGUGACUGUAUCUGAGACGGAUGCAACUACUCAUCUAACACCAAACACAGGAGAUUCAACCACAAUGAAGACUAGAGGAAGGAAGAUCACUGAAGCAUUGGAUUUCAAUCCAACAGAUCCGUCAGCACUUCAGCCAUUGAAGAGUGUCAAACUGGAAAAUAUACCAAAAUGA